GAAAAUUUUGGGGGUAGAUAACUAGAUAUUAUAUAUCAGGUCGGAACAAAAAGGAGCUAAUUCUUACAGUCAGUGAUCUCUUGCUGCCAUGACAAACCUCUCAAUGCUCACCCCUAUCUUCUACGUCUUCUUCUCGUUCUCCCUUCUUUCUCAUGUCUCUGCAGUCUCUAUUUCUACACCUCCUUACGUCGCUGUUGAUGAUAUUACCCUCAACUGCGGCACUUCUGGCAACUCAACCGAUCAAUUCAAUAAGCGCGUGUGGAUGGGAGACAUACGCUCCAAAUUCACUCCCAUUGAAGAAGGUGAUCAUAAAUCUAAUGCCUCUACACCCCAACUCCAAGACAGUUCGGUAAACACGGUCCCCUACUUGACUGCCCGUUUAUCUUAUUCCCAAUUCAUGUACUACUUUCAUGUCACCCCUGGUCCCAAAUUCGUUCGCUUCUACUUUUACCCAGUUUCUUACUCUGGCUUUGAAGGGUCUCAGGACUUUUUCACUGUCAAAGCCAAUUCCUUCACCUUACUUCGGAAUUUCAGUGCUUCCAUCUAUAUCCAUGCUAAUUCCUUUAAAGAAGAUAAAACUCUUUCUAAGGAGUUCUGCAUCAACGUGAAAAAGGAUCAAAUAUUGAAUUUGACAUUCAUCCCAUCUCCAAGCACUUCUAGGAAGUUCCAUGCUUUUAUUAAUGGAAUUGAGAUUGUCUCCAUGCCAAAAAACCUCUACUAUGGGCCAGAAGGUCCAGGAGUCCCUUACGUCGGCCAAAAUUAUCACUUCUCCAUCAACUACGAAAUGGCACUCGAGAAGGUUGUUCGAUUAAACGUGGGCGGGGGCUUCAUAUCGGCAGUAGCAGACACUGGGAUGUUUAGAGAAUGGUCCCAGCAGGACGAUAGUUCUUGGUUGAGUGGAGGCGUAAACCCUCAUGUGCCAUCUUUGACACCCAGAUACACACAGAUAUCAAAUUACACUGCACCAGAUGAUAUCUAUCGGACUGCAGUGUCAAUGGGUCCAAAUACAACCAAGAACCUGCAUUCUAAUUUGACUUUGAAAUUACCCGUUGAUCCAGGAUUCUAUUAUUUGGUGAGGCUCCAUUUCUGCGAAAUAGUGUUCCCAAUUACGAAACCCAGCCAAAGGGUAUUCCAAAUCAUUAUAGACAAUAAGAUAGCCGAGGAAUGGGCUGAUGUGAUUCUGUGGACCCAAAGGAAUGAGACGCCUGUGUACAAGGACUAUGUAGUAGAUAUCCAAAACAAGCCUAAUCUCUUCAUUGCUCUACUACCUAGAUUAUCUGCCUACGGCAUCGUCGAUGCCAUUUUAAACGGUGUGGAAGUGUUCAAAUUGAGCGACUACGACAAAAACCUUGCAGGUCCCAAUUCUGAAAGUGUGCCCUCUCCACAGCUGGCUCAACAACCUGCUUCAACAGCCAGCGAAUUCAAGACAAAGAAAACAAUAAUCAUUGCCAUUGGAAGUGGUGCAGGCUUCUUGGUUGUGCUGUGUUGCAUGUUUCUCUGGAAACUGAGGAAGACUAAGCGCUACGCUUCUUACUAUCCACUGUCAAAGUUCUGGUGCUGGCCCGAGCCAGACAAAGCAAAGUCAACAAAAACCUCGUCCCUGCCGCAAGAACUAUGCCGCCACUUCUCUGCAGGAGAAUCAACAGCUAAGUUCUAAUAUAUUGACAGAAAAAAUCAAUAUAUACAAGAAUUGAAACG